GCUUCAAACUAAUUUCAAACCAGCUCGCUCCGCACCCCCUCUACCCAUACUAGCAUGAAUUGAGUUCCCGAGAGAACCAGGAGGGUUUCGCUUCACGCAACUGCGAACCGCCGCAAGGUUACCAUCAGCGCCGCAGAAAUGGGAAAGAGAGGCAAAAAAAUGGAGGUCGAAGGCGAGGGAGAAGAACGAAACUCUGGCUCCAUUGGAGAAACCCAGCAUCGCCAUGGCCUCAAGGACAAGGAGGAGGAGAAAGAGAAGGAGGGCAGCUUCUUGCUCGGCUCGCCGACGUUCGUGGACAUCGGGAAUGGGCGGUUCCGGUGCGUGGAGACGGGCCACGAGCUGCUCGCGAGGGACAAGGACUCUUACGCCCGGUCCAAGGCCUGCCGGCUUGCCCUCAUCGACGCUGCCAUCACCCAGAAGAAGUCCCCGCUCAAUAUGUUCCAACCCCAUCCUCUCUCCAAGUCACAGCUGAUUUGCAAGAUGACAGGAGACACAGUCAAUAAAACGGAGGAACACAUCUGGAAGCAUAUCAAUGGAAGGAGAUUUCAGAACAAAUUAGAACAAAAGGAAGCAGAAAAGCUGGCCUCAGCUGAAGUAGUGGAAAAAGAUACAAAACAAUCAAAGAAGCUAUCAAAGUCAAGCACAAAAGCAACGAAGAAGGAUAAGAAGAAAAAGGAUGGUGAGAAUGCUCCUCCAACAAGGAAAACCAAUGCAAACAGCAGUGAUUCAGAACAGCCUGAUUUCUGGGUCCCUCCUAUUGGAAGUCGUUGGGAUUUUGAUGAUGGAAGAGAUCGCUGGGAAUCUUGUAAAAGCUCAGGUCGUGAAACAGAUGAUGGCACUGGGUUAGAUGAAGUGGAAGAAAAGGAUGAUCCUGAAUCAGGGGAACUCUCCAUGCGGACAAAGCGCAUGUCAAUAGCUGUGGGCCCAAGCAGCUUUGCUUCAAGGAAAAAGAAGAUUAAGAAGGCUUCUACAAAUCCUCAAAAUGAGAACUAAAAUAUAAAGAGGUUUAUUCGCUGAGAUCCAUCGUUCAUGGGUCAUCAAAUUGUCUUGAUUGGUCAAGCUUGUCUGGUGGUUGUCAGACUAAUGGAAUUUUACAUAUAGAUUGAUCAGCAGGAUAAAUUAGUUGUAGCAUUAUUACAGGUCAUUUUGGUACACUGGCUUUCUUAUCUAUGUAGAUCACUCAAGCAGGAAAAGUUUCUGAAGAGAUUGAACCAUAUGUACUGUUAGUGAUGAUGCAUCAACAACUGCAUUGAUCGGUUAUCAAAUGGCCCAUCCUCAUGCGAUUUAAGCCCUGGCAGUGGUAGGGCAUCUUCCACUAAAAUAUGUUCUCCAUUGGUCAUGUCUUUUUUGGAUAGCCAUUUAAGGUUCUUAAAGAGGGUGGGACUUGGUAUAAUGGUAAGGUUGCUUCGUUAUGAUCUAGAUUUAAUAGGUUCAAAAUAUGGAAACAAUCUUUCUGCUUGAGGAGGCAAAGGCAAGGUUGUGGAUAUCUGACUCUUUUUAGACUCUAUAGUGGCAGGCGUCUUUUGUACUGGGAUGUCCAUUGUUCAAGGUUAAAGUGAAAUUGUCUUCUAGUCGGAGAUCUUUUAGAUUUUAACAAUUGAACUAAUGCAGCUAUCCGCAAAAUGAAUUUUCUGUUA